AUGGUGACCGUCACCCCCGUGGCCUCGCCGGCGCGCAGCGCAGUGGACCACCCGCGCGCCGCCUUCUCCCCCUCUGCGUCGCCGCUAAAGCGUGCUCGUCUGCGUCUGCCGUUACCCCCGUCGCCGUUCAAGCCCACCGCGCCGCUGUUUAUGAACUUGCGCCCGAGCGCGUCGGCGCGCGGGCUGAGGGAGACUGCUGAGGCCAAGCCUGGCGUCGACGUAUCCGUCGUAAUAACUGCCCCGCUUGACGGCCUCCAGUGGUCAUACGACAUUGACGACCCGGACCCGCUCACGCGCAUCAAGCUCGCGGCGUCCAAGGCUGGCUUUGGAGUUGAGCGCAACCGUAGUGGCCGCCGCUCGGUACUCGAGAUCAGCAAGCUGUCAAGUGUGGAUGACAUCGCCACCGUCAUCCCCACCCUUGUCGACAUCCUCAACACGCUCCCACCCCUGUGCGACCUCGAGGUCACGCUGUGCGAUGCGCGCCCGCGCAAGAAGGGCAUGGUGUAUCCCAGCCCCAAGCCGAUCCCCGAGACGUCCUAUGUGGCGAACUUCCUCUCCAAACUGGCCGUGCCAGCCCUCACCAUGCUCACGCUGGUGAGCAAUGACGAAUCAAGCGCCGCAGCCGCACUCGCGGCCUUCCUCGCCACUUCCUCCGGCGCCAAGCUGCGCCGCCUGCGCAUCGACGCCAAGUGGUUUGACGCUGAAGAUGUCGGUCGCAUCGUCGACGCGGUCGAGGCGCACGACGUGCCGAUCACGCGUCUCUGUGUCCGCGGGUGCUGGUUCCGCGACUCGUCGUGCGUGUGCGAGCGCGACGUCCGCCAGCCGCUCAACUACCGCGCGUUAAUCUCCCUCCUCACCACCGGCCAGCUUGGCCGCAUCCCGAUGCUUAUCCUCCGCAACUCGCUCCGUUUCAACCCGCGCAUCCCGGCAGUCAUGCGCCUGCUGGUCAUGGCGCGUGUCCUGCUGCGCGCAAUUCGCCCCCCGCGUAUCCUGUGGCCCAGCCGCUCGUUCAACGCCCUCCGCGACCUGUUCCACAACAACGUCCCCAAGGAGGAGCCCCACCGUGGCAUAGUGCGCUCGCCUAGCCACUUUGACUUUGCUGCGAUGCAACGGCAGCCGCUCGCCAGCCCGGCCUCGCCAGACCGCAAGCAGCUCCGCCACAAACCGUCGACGCGCCUGGUUGCCAAGUCACCCAUCCUCAAGCUGCCCGCUGAGCUCCGCCUCAAGAUUGCGUACCUUGCGCUUGACGAUGCCGACCAGGACGCACUGUCAUGGCACCAGGCGCAGCGCGUCGGCAAGCACGCCGAGGACGUCGGCAGCCUGCGCCGCCUGGCCAGUGCGUUCAAGGAGGCUGAGCGUGAGCGCAUGGCCGAGAUGCUCGUGCUGGACGAGUGGCUCGGCGGGUGGCUGCUCUAG